AUGAAAGUUUGCUCGAAAUGUUCGGCUGGAACCUUUCAAAAUAAAAUUGGACAAAGUUCAUGUAAUCAGUGUGGAGCAGGAACGUAUUCUAAAGCAGAAGCUGUAUCUUGUACCAGCUGUAAUACAGGGGAAUAUCAACCUGAUGCAGGUAAAUCAAAAUGUCUGGUAUGUAUUCCUGGAUCUUAUCAAGAUAAAACAGGACAGACAAAUUGCAUACAGUGUCCAACAGGGACCUACCAGCCUGAUGGAGGAAAGACUGAAUGUUUUUCCUGUCCUCCUGGAAACUAUCAGAAUGAAACUGGAAAACCCACGUGUAAGACCUGUGAUCCGGGAACUUAUCAGUCAGAAUCUAAGAAGCCUCGGUGUCUACCUUGUCCGAGCGGGAUGUACCAGCCUGAUCAAGAACAGACCAGCUGUUUAUCGUGCACGCCAGGAUACCAUCAGGAUCAGACUAGCCAGACCGAGUGUAAAAAGUGUGCUUCAGGUACUUACCAGCCACAAGCUGAGCAGGCCCAGUGUCUGGCGUGUCCAAAAGGUAUGUACCAGCCGAACCAAGAACAGACAAGCUGUUUAACUUGCACAUCAGGAUACCAUCAAGAUCAGACUGGCCAGACUGAGUGUAAGAAAUGUGUUCCCGGUACGUACCAGCCGCAGUCUGAACAGGCCCAGUGUCUGGCGUGUCCAAAAGGCAAGUACCAACCGAACGAGGGAGGAACCAACUGUCUCUCUUGUUUAAAAGGAAGCUAUCAGGAUUUAACUGGACAGAGCUCGUGUAAAACAUGUAAUGCAGGAACAUUUCAGAACGUGUCAAACCAAGCCCAAUGUAUAGCGUGUUCUCCGGGAAUGCGCCAGCCGAACCAGGGACGUUUUAAAUGUUUAUCCUGUUCUCCCGGGCACUAUCAGGCUGGGACCGGGAAGUCCUCCUGUGAACAGUGUGAUCCGGGGACUUAUCAGAAUGCGUGGAAGCAGACUCGAUGCCUAUCAUGUCCAUCUAAUCAGUACCAAGAUCAGUCGGGACAGGUAGAGUGUAAGGUCUGUACAGGGACGAAUAAGUGCGUCAAUUCUCAGAAAACAGCGUGUGGAGGUAAUUUUUCCCUUAUAGAGUACUUUGCACAGAAUAUACCGUAUGAGUAG